AUGGCAGCCAAAUUCCUGGGAGAACCUUCGAAAGUUAUCACCGGAAGUCAUGAUAGGACUUUGAAAAUAUGGGAUCUUAGGAGUAGGAUGUGUACAGAAACCAAAUUCGCGGGAUCAUCUUGCAAUGACCUCGUGACGUCAGACGGCGCAGGAUCGACCAUCAUUUCAGGACACUUCGACAAGCGGAUACGAUUUUGGGACAUACGAACAGAAAUGUCAGCCAAUCACAUUAUGCUUCAGGGCAAAGUCACCUCACUCGAUCUCAGUAGAGAUAGUAAUUAUUUAUUAGCGUGCGUGCGAGAUGACACAAUACAACUCAUAGACUUAAGAAUGAAUACUAUUGUGCGGUCCUUCAGCCACGAUUCCUUCAAAGUGGGUUGCGAUUGGUCGCGCGCCGCCUUCGGCCCGGGCGGGCGGCUUCUCGCGGUGGGCGCGGCGGACGGCGCCGCCUACGUAUGGAAUACACAUUCCGGAAAACUAGAAGCAGUACUCAAAGAUCACACAACUGCAGUGACAGCCGUGUCAUGGCACCCGCAGUCCGGUCUUCUCGCAUCUGUGGAUCGCGCGAAGCGGGCUGUCAUUUGGGGUGAUUUGUGA